CACGGAAUCCUGCAAGGCCAAGUUUGAGUCCACAGACCACGAAGGUACCGUCGUCAUGGUAACCAGAAGCUUCAACUUGUCAAGGUCAAGGUCAAAGUCAGGGUGGUGUGGCGAGGACUCGGAGCGACUGGAGAUCACUAACAGGCUCAACUCUCCUCGCUACCUUAAGACAUGGUGUGGUGAGGAAUACGCAGAGAUUCUGUACUUUCCUAGGGGCUUGACCUUGACCUACUACCCGGGAACCAAAGGUCAAGGGUCAGGAUUUGAGCUAGAGAUUGUUCCAAAUUUUAUGGAUCUUCAUGUUUGCGAAAAUGAGAACCAUCUCAAAGCCGUGGAUACGCCAAAGUUUCUGUACCGGUACACUAGAAGUAGAAGCGAAAGAGAAAUCUGAGCCCGUGGACUUUGUGAACCUGAAUACUUCGGACAGCUCUGUGGAGAUAGACGAAGCAGACUUCCCUUACUCUCCUGAUGACACGCUUCUGGCCGAGUAUGUGUCUGCCUCCACAGGAAGUAAGACGUUCAUCAACAGUAGCCGAGUGAACCAGCAGCCAUUUCGACGGGUCCAAUCUGCUCACAGCUCAGUGACCUUGACCUAUAAAAACCUGGAGGUCAACGAAGGCAACCGAAGCAACAUCCACGCUUGGGUCAGGGCUGUUGCUCGCUCACCAGACGUGCUGCCGAGGCAUUUGAGGUCGACCAGGGUCAAGUCUUUCUUGUGGAUCCCAGGGGAACUUCUUAGCAGGUCAGAAACUCCUCAGUUGCAGAUGUUUAACAACCAGAAGUGUGUGAGGCUCCAAGUGUUGGACCAGGCACUGACAACUUCUUACAUCCCAGCGGAUUUCCUCUCUGUCUACCACGGUUUGUGA